AGUCGCCACCGAAGAAGAAAUGUCGGUAUUAAGUGCGUGUAACUUUUAGCCGCUGCUUCAAAAUCUGCUUUGAGGGGUUUUAACUUUCAUUAAGACGAAGCUCAGACUGAGUCGUUAACGUGUAAUUCUUACGUGCAGUUUACUAUCUAGAGGUAUUUUACUAUCUGUGGGUAUUUAUUCACCAGUAGUUGAUCAGUUAGCCAGCUCGCUAAUUUCCCUCCCGUUGCACCAUCAUGUCCGGCGGUCUCAUUCGUGGACCCGCGGGGAGUAACGAUUGUCGGAUAUAUGUGGGGAAUCUCCCUCCCGACAUACGUUCAAAAGACGUGGAAGACUUAUUUUACAAAUACGGAGGUAUUCGUGAUAUAGAUCUGAAGAACCGCAGAGGAGGACCACCGUUUGCCUUCGUGCAGUUCGACGACCCGAGGGAUGCUGAAGACGCUGUUUAUGGGCGUGAUGGAUAUGACUACGAUGGCUACCGACUGCGUGUGGAGUUUCCUAGAAGUGGAAGGGGAGGCGGCGGCGGCGGCGGUGGAGGAGGAGGAGGAGCAGGACCCCCAAGGGGAAGGUAUGGGCCGCCAUCCCGACGCUCAGAGAACAGGGUCGUUGUGUCAGGACUUCCUCCCAGCGGGAGCUGGCAGGACCUGAAGGAUCACAUGCGUGAGGCAGGUGAUGUAUGUUAUGCAGAUGUGUACCGUGAUGGCACUGGUGUGGUGGAGUUUGUACGCAAAGAAGACAUGACCUACGCUGUCCGUAAAUUGGACAACACCAAGUUUCGCUCACACGAGGGCGAGACGGCCUACAUCCGUGUGAAGAUGGACGGUCCUCGCAGCCCCAGCUAUGGCCGCUCUCGUAGCCGCAGUCGAAGCCGCAGCAAGAGUGGAUCACGCAGCUACUCCCCACGCCGCGGCAGAGGAUCUCCUCGUUAUUCCCCCCGCCGCUCCCGGUCCCAUUCCCGGUCUCGAUCCCGCUCUCGUACCUAGACACGCCUGACCUAAAGCAGUGGUGUACCUCAGAGCCCGAGAGGAAAUCUUCACUUUACUCAACAAAACCUGUAUAUUCAUCAAGGAUCAUUCUCGUGUGUCACCUGUGUAUGCUGUCAUGAGUUCAGAGGAACAGGAUAGGAUGGGAACAGAGGAAACAGUUCAUAUUAGGAUAAGGAGGAGGAGGAGUCAAAUGUGGCACCAAUGGUUUGGACUCUGCUCAUUGUCUCCCCAUUCCGGAGCCGGAUCAGGAUUCAGGAUCAGAUUAGGAUUAGGCUUCAGGAUGGAUACAUGGAGCAGGAUCAUAGGAGCUUUUUACCGGGAGAAGAUCCCGACCCCCUGGCCCUGUCCACAUAAACCCAUCAAACUGGAAACAUUGUAGUGCGAUAUUCAGAGUAAAUUGGCUUUCGAAUGUUCCAAAUAGUUGCUUUCCCUUUUUGUUUGGGACCUCACAGACAGACUUACUGGCUGAACAGUGACACAACGUUUAUUUUUCUUUUUAAAAUUAUUAAAAAGAAGAGCAAAGCUUGGAUCAAAUCCAGGAGGAGGGCUGGGAGGUGCAGGAUGGAUCCACAAGGAGUGGUAAAUAGUGGAAAACCGUUACCAGUGGAGGAGGGAGGGAGGAGGGAGGUCUGGGAGGAGACAAGGGAUUGUAACUUUAAUGUGGUUUGUAGUUUUUAGUUGUUGUUUUUUGGACAUUUUUUUUUCCAGCAGUGUCUUGAUUUCUAAUUUUCUUACAUAUAAACUCCAGUAUCUCAAAGCUUUAUUCUCUUUUAAUAAAAUGUUCUAUAACAUUAAA